AUGAGCAUCCGGACGCUGCCCAGACUCCUGGAACUGGAGGGAAAGAGCGUGCUGAGGGACGAGGCCUUGGCCAUCACAUCUCUGGAGUAUCUGCCCACUGAGCUCUUCCCGCCACUCUUCAUGGAGGCGUUCUGUAGAAGACACAGAAAGUCCCUGAUGGCGAUGGUGCACGCCUGGCCCUUCACCCGCCUCCCUCUGGGGGGCCUGAUGCAAAUGCCUCAGCACUAGAUCUUACAAGCUACGUUGGAUGGGCUUGACAUCCUGCUUGCCCAGAAGGUUCGCCCCAGGAGGUGGAAACUGCAGGUACUGGAUUUACCGAAUACUGGUCAGAACUUCUGGAGCAUGUGGUCUGGAGCCGGGGCCCAGGAUGAGGAAGCGCUUGGCCCCUUGGAGGUUUUCAUCAACCUUAGCUUCAGCAAUAGGAUCCGGAAUCAGUUCUUCACCCACCUCAUCCAGCAGAGAGCAGGAGCACUCCACCUGUGCUGUAAGAUGCUGAAGAUUUUUGCAGUGCCCAUCCAGAGUAUUAAGAAGGUCCUAACUAUGGUGCGGCUGGACUGCAUCCAGGAGGUGGCAGUGAAUUGCACCUGGAACCUGUCCGCCCUGGGGGUGUUUGCUCCUUACCUGGGUCAGAUGAGAAACGUGCACACACUCUUUCUCUCCCACAUCCACAUGCCGACCCCCGAGGAGAAGGAGCAGGAAUGGCAUGUCUCCCAAUUCACCUCGCAGCUCCUUCGGCUGCACCACCUCCGGAGGCUCUAUACGGAAUCUCCCUCCUUCCUCGAAGGGCGGCUGGACCAGAUGAUCAGCUGCCUGCAGACGCCCUUGGAGACCCUCUCAGUAAGUAACUGCCUGCUUAUGGAAUCAGACUUGAAGCAUCUGUCCCAGUCCCCAAACCUCAGUCAGCUAAAGGACGUGGAUCUGAGUGGUGUCACCCUGGCCGAUUUCAGUCCCAAGCCCCUCCGAGCUCUGCUAGAGAAAACUGCAUCCACCCUCCAGGACCUGGACUUAGUUUAUUGUGGAAUCGUGGACUCCCAAGUCGAGGUCAUCCUACCUGUCCUGAGCCGCUGCUGCCAGCUCAGGACCUUCAGCAUCUCCGGGAACCCCCUCUCCACGGCCACGGUGGAGAAGCUGCUGUGUCACGGGCUACGCAGUUUAAGCCUAGAGCUGUACCCCGCCCCUCUGGAGAGUUACAGCUCCAAGGGUCUCUCCUCUCUCGAGAGGAGGUUUGCCCAGAUUUGGGCUGAGCUGAUAGAGAUUCUGAGGGACUUGGGACGGACGGCCCAGGACCAUCUGGCUUAG